GGCCGAGCCGCGUGUGUACCCAGCGGCCGCGGACUUGGGCGUAGGCCUUCGGGUCGCCGCCGCCCUCCAGGCGUGGCGCCGGCUCGGACUCCAAGCGGCAGAGAGCCUCAUGCACAGCAGCCUCCGGACGCGGCCGCGCAGGACCGAAAGAGAACACCGUUCUUCCUGGCACGUGAGGAAGCAGAGUUUCUGUCUGUGUGGGAUGGUCCCUUCCGCAGCGGCACCGGGGAGCGGGGAAGCGUGUAGACCGCAGCACUGAGAGCAGCGUGCCAUCUGUCCGCAGGUGGUCAGGAUGGGCCCCAUGGGCAGACAGGGCCCGUCCUCCCUGCCGGUCCCCACGGGAGGCUCUUGCCUCCUGCUUCUCUUCUGCCUGCGGUUGGGUGCCUCUUGCCCGCAGAGCUGCCAGUGCCCUGACCAUGCCGGGGCCGUGGCCGUCCAUUGCAGUGGGAGGGGCCUGCAGGAGAUCCCCAAGGACAUCCCCACUGACGCUGUGCUCCUGAAGCUUGAUGCCAACAAGAUCGCCCGCAUCCCCAACGGAGCCUUCCAGCACCUGAACCAGCUGAGAGAGCUGGACUUGUCUCAGAACGCCAUCGAGACCAUCGGCCCCGCCGCCUUCUCGGGCCUGGCCGGGGGCCUGCGGCUGCUGGACCUGUCUCACAAUCACAUCCGCAGGAUUCCUAAGGACGCGCUGGGCAAGCUCAGCGCCAAGAUACGCCUGUCCCACAACCCCCUGCACUGCGAGUGCGCCCUGCAGGAGGCCCUGUGGGAGCUGAAGCUGGACCCUGACUCGGUGGACGAGAUCGCCUGCCACACCGCGGUGCAGGAGGAGUACGUGGGGAAGCCGCUCAUCCAGGCCCUCGACUCUGGCGUCAGCUUCUGCAGCGUCCACCACAAGACCACCGAUGUGGCCAUGCUGCUCACCAUGUUCGGCUGGUUCGCCAUGGUGAUCGCCUACGUCGUGUACUACGUGCGCCAGAACCAGGAGGACGCCAGGAGGCACCUGGAGUACCUGAAGUCCCUGCCCAGCACUCCUGUGUCCAAGGACCCCAUCAGCCCUGCGCCCUAGCGCCCGAUGGCUCGAGCAGGCCGAGGCCCACCUGUCUCCCGUCACUCUUGUAGUAGAUGGUGACUGAGUCCCGCCUUCGAUGUUCCCCCAGGGAGGGUGACACGGCUGCUUCUGUCCAGCGUUUCACUCUGACAGAGCACUUUCCACAGGACACCUUCAGGUCAGGCAGUUCUGCCAUCAGACCCAAUGACAGAUGGGGACACGGGCUCAGAGAAAUGGAAGUGAUCCAGCUGGGAUGUAAAACCGGGCCGUCCAUCCUGAGACGUCCCUUCCGCGCUGGGAGCCUGCCCCGCGGGGCGCCCGCCUCUAAGCCCCCAGCAUUCAGAGGAGAAAGGGUGCGUGCCCAUGAGUGAGGCUCCCCAAGGAGGUUGGGUGCAUUUUGUUGGUUGUAGGCACAGGUCGUCCUGCCCCGUGGAACUGGUUUGCCUUUGCUUCCCCAGUAUUUCCUGAACACCUCUAACCACCGGGCUCUUUCCACAGCCAAGUGGUAGAGACCGGAUUUUUCUCGGGAGAUAAGUGGAACAUGUAACCUUUGAACAACUCUGUCAACUUUGUUUAUUCUCAGAAUGUUUGUUAAGAGUAACACUUGUACCAAAAUUUCAGUCCAGUGAGAAGGGAAAAAAAAAAAAUAACAACCCAAAACCAAAAAAAUUAAAC